ACUAGAAACUCCCUUUACCUUUCUUUCUCUCUCCUCUGUUAUGGCGUUGAGGAAAACCCUUGCCCAGCGUCUCCUUAACAUCACCAAAGUAUCGUCCCAAACUCUCACAAAUUGUCGAAUUUCCUCGUCCGCUGUCAUUGGAAGGGUUUCGAUUUCGCCCAGAGCCACAGAUACUGAUGACCCCGGAGACAAUGGCCUCUUCCGUUCGCCGCAGUUCGCAGGAACCCUCCUCAGAAAGUUGAGAGACAUGGAUAUUUCUCGGAACCGGAUUCGCUGGGAGGGAUUGACGCCGCCGCCGCCACAGACACAGACGCAGACGCAGACGCGCGGUGGAAUGGAGGAGGGAGGGAACGUCGCGGAAGCGAGGAAGUUGUUGAAGGUGGUUCAGUUUGAGAUUGUGAAAUCCAAGUUGAGAGGUACCAGGAAGAGUUACAUAACGUUUUCGGAGUUCAUUCGGAUCUGCAUGGAAAAUUGUCCGGAUCAGGAUCAAGCGCUGGAGAUUGCCCAGAGAUUGGACGAUUCUGCGGCUGUCAUUGUUUUGGGGGAUGUCGUGUUUCUCAGGCCUGAACAGGUAGCAAAAGCCAUCCAGGGUCUUCUCCCCGUGCCAGGAGCCAAGGUACAUGAGUCAGAAAGAAAAGAAUUGGAAGAAAUGGAGAAAAAGAAGUUGUCCAUUGACGACAGAGCAAACAGCAUGGUUCGGCGUGAGCUCUGGGGCGGGUUGGGGUUCUUGAUGGUGCAAACCAUGGCGUUCAUGAGGCUCACGUUUUGGGAGCUAACGUGGGAUGUGAUGGAACCCAUUUGCUUCUAUUUGACCUCCAUGUACUUCAUGGCCGGUUACACCUUCUUCCUCAGAACCUCAAGAGAACCUUCCUUCGAAGGUUUCUACCAAGCCCGUUUCAGCUCCAAGCAGAGACGUCUCAUGAAGCUUAAAAAUUUUGACAUUGAAAGGUAUCAUCAGCUCAGGGCUGCGUUCUCUCCAAAGUUUGACAAUUCUUCCAAACAACAUUGAUUUGGAAAGUGAUUGGGCUAAAGGUGAAAAUAAGGAUGAUACUGAAGGUCCUGGCCUGGCUCCCUGAGUGACCACAUUCUUCCCCUCCCCCUUCUACCACCUUACCUUUCUAUCACCGUAAGCUAUCGGAAAAGUAUCAUUAGGAAACAUGUAAUGCUUACGGUUUGUUAGAAUUAGAUGCGGCUUUGUGUAGAACAGAUGCAGAGUGUCCUCUCCAACUUUCCUUUAUUGAAGGACUAUUUUCAAAAACUGUCGUUUUAGCUCUGAUUUUUUA